UUUCGACUGACUGACUGUUUUCUUUUUGAAUCGAGAAGCCUAGUAAACAGCACUUCCUCAGAACAUCGCGGAAAUGGAGAACGACUCGAAAGAAUGUGUCGACCUGUACAUCCCGAGGAAAUGCUCUGCGAGCAACCGUAUCAUCCAUGCCAAGGAUCAUGCCUCUAUCCAGCUUGCUUUAGCUGAUAUUGACCCAACGACUGGUAGGAUGACAGACACGUACAAAAUGUACGCUAUCUGCGGGGCUAUUCGUCGUAUGGGUGAAUCUGAUGACUGUAUAGUUCGACUUGCAAAGAAAGAUGGAAUCUUAGCUAAGAAUUUUUAAUUUAUAAGAUUUAUAAAAAUAUAAAUUUUUAAAAAAA